GGUUCUGACGGAGGCCCCGUCCCUCUCCCCCGCGGUGGACGUCCCAGAACACGCCCACUACACCCUGGGAACGGUCGUCCUGCUGAUCGGAAUCACGGGCGUGAUUGGAAACUCCCUCGUGAUCUACGCCUUCUCCAAGAGCCGCUCCCUGCGGACCCCGGCCAACAUGUUCAUCCUCAACAUGGCGCUGGCCGACCUGCUGAUGUGUGUCACCCAGACGCCCACCUUCUUCAUCAACUCCAUGCACCGCAGGUGGAUCUUUGGGGAGAAAGCCUGUGAGGUGUAUGCGUUCUGCGGCGCUCUCUUCGGGAUCUGUUCCAUGCUGACUCUGACCCUCGUCGCCGCCGACCGCUUCUUCGUCAUCACGCGGCCGCUGGCCUCCAUCGGCCUGUUGUCACGGCGACGCGCCGGGCUGGUCCUGAUCGGGGCGUGGCUUUACUCCUUGGCCUGGAGCCUCCCCCCCUUCUUCGGAUGGAGUGCCUACGUCCCUGAGGGUCUGAUGACUUCCUGUUCCUGGGACUACAUGACCUUCAGCCCGGGGGUGCGCGCCUACACCAUGCUGCUCUUCAUCUUCGUCUUCUUCAUCCCCCUCUUCAUCAUCAUCUACUGCUACUACUUCAUCUUCCGCGCGAUUCGCUCCACCAACAGGGCGGUGGGCCGGGUGAACGGCAGCUGCUCCAGCCGGGGGUCCCGGGGGGGCGGUGGCCAGCGGCUGCAGACCGAGUGGAAGACGGCGAAGAUCGCCCUGAUCCUCAUCCUGCUCUACGUCCUGUCCUGGGCGCCGUACUCCGGGGUCGCCCUCACCUCCUUCGCUGGCUAUGCUGACAUGGUGACUCCGUAUAUGAAUUCCGUUCCUGCUGUGAUCGCCAAGGCCUCUGCCAUCCACAAUCCCAUCAUCUACGCCAUCACACACCCCAAGUACAGGCUAGCGUUAGCGCGCUACAUCCCGUGUCUGGGCCGCCUGCUGUGUGUUCCUCCUGCUGACCUGCGCUCGGCGGGCAGCAGCUUCUCCUCCACCCGCCGCUCCACCCUCAGCAGCCAGACGUCCGGCGGCAGCGCCCGGCAUCACAGCGCCAGGAAGUCCCGCCUCUCCUCCGCCUCCGACAGCGAAUCGGGCUGGACGGACACCGAGGCGGACGGCUCCAGCAUGGGGUCGCGACCCGCCAGCCGCCAGGUGUCAUGUGACCUCAGAGACACGGAGCUCCCAGAACACAGAGCGUCCGUCAGGAGGGAGAGGGAGGCCGAGAGCGGGGACCCGGCUGAUGGUCAAAUGACCAGAGCGGCCAUCGUUCGGAUUCCCAGCAUCGUCGUCACCAAAGAACCCAGCCCCUUCCUCCCCAUUAGUCGAACUAGUUCUCGCUCUUCUCGCCCCCGGGUAGCAAAUAGCAAUGCAGGGGCGGGAUCUGUUUCAACAGACACCCCUCACGUCUCAAAUGACUGCUCCUCCCCCUUAAUUUGAUUGGUGGAGAACCACUAACGAAAUAUUUAGGUAGGUCAUCCUAACGUUUACCACCUAUUAAUAUAUAAUAUAUAUAUUAUAUAUAAAAUAUACAUACAACUACAGUAAUGUGGUAAUAAUAAACUACAGUAACGGGUUAAUAAUCAACUACGUUAACUUGGUAAUAAACGACAGUAAAAUGUUGAUUAAAAACGACAGUAACUUGGUAAUAAUAAACUACAAUAACAUGUUAAUAAACAACAGUAACGUGGUAAUAAACUACAGUAACAUGUUAAUAAUAAACUACAGUAACAUGGUAAUAAUUAUUUAUUUAUUUAGGUUUUACAGAUACCAAAACAUAGAUAAGUGUGAAACAGUAAUCUGAUGUAUGCAUAGUGUUUAAUAAACUACAGUGGAAUGUUAAACUACAGUAACAUGUUAAUAAUAAACUACAAUAACAGUUAAUAAUAAACUACAGUAACAUGGUAAUAAUACGCUACAGUAAUAUGUUAAUAAUAAACGACAGUAACAUGGUAAUAACAAACUACAGUAACAUGGUAGUAAUAAAAUACAGAAACAUGGUUACAAUAAACGAGAGUAACUUGGUAAUAAACUAGAGUAAUAUGUUAGCAAUAAAUCACAGUAACGUGGUUAUGAUGUGCAGUGUUUAACACUUUAAAAGUCUUUCCCAAAAUAUUCCUGCUCUGUGUUUUAUCGCCUGUGCAUAUUUAUAAUAUAUUGUGUUAGUUAGAAAUUGAUUGUUACUUUAUUGCAUAUGGUGAGACAUCUAUACCAUAGAAAAUGUAUUGAAAAAUAUAUUGAGUGUUGUUGAUGAUUAUUACUGUGGCGACCAGGUCGUGUUUGUGCUCUGGGGGGGGGGGGGGGGGGGGAGUUGUUUGACCACCACUGAGGUGUUAGGUUGAUUGGUUAAUGUGUUAUAUAUGUUUUGUAUAUAUAUAUUUUCUAUGUGUUAUAUAUAUACAUGUUAUGUGUUAUAUGUGUUAUUUAUGUUAUAUGUGUUAUAUGUUAUGUGUUAUAUAUCUAUGUUAUGUGUUAUAUUUGUUACAUGUGUUAUAAUAUGUAUCUGUUAUAUUUGUUAUUUAUGUUGUGUUAUAUAUGUUUUAUAUAUAUAUGUGUGAAAAGUGUUAUAUGUUAUAUGUGUUAUAUAUAUUUUUAAAAAUAAUAAUAAUAUUAAUAAUAAUAAUAAAUGAAAUUUAUAUAGUGCUUAAUAUGGUACUCUAAGACGCUUUACAUAUUGCCCUAUCAAAACUAUGUAAGACAGACUAAGA